CUACAGCAUCAUUCCUCCCAACCAGCAGAGCGCCGGCAGCUCCUCCGUGGGGUUCCUGCCUCCUUCAGGAGCGGAGCAGAUGCCGCUCCACCGCACCACGGCACCCUGCGGCUUACAACAGAUUCCCACCCAGCAGUGCUCAGGAGCUCCGCCCCCAGCAGCAGCUGGAAUGAUGAUGAUGCACCUGACGUUACCUGCGUCCCAGCAGCCUCAGUCUCAUUCCCCGCUGCAGUGGAAACAGAUCAAAAGCAGUCCUCAGCUGGGAAGCUCGUCCUCACCGGCCCAGUCUCCCACACCAACACACCUCAGUAACGUAAAGAGCAUCCGUCCCAGCCUCAACACUGUUCCCAUCAUGCCUCACUUCUCCAGAUCCUUGGUUUCAGGACAAGGUGACGUGCGCUGCCCUCUGCUGGGACAGACGCUCCAGUACAGCCCUCAGAUUCGGCCCCCGUUACUUCAAGCCCCGCCCAUAAUCUCCAGUCAGGCUCCGGUGGGGAUCCGGCCCGCGGGUCGAGGCAGCAAGCCGCCGAGGAAAGCGCUGUCUACAGAUCUCAGUUGACCCACGGCGAGCGGCCCGGUUCACACGGCAGACUGAACGCAGCUGUGUAACGCUCUCUCACUGGACAGAUGACUGGAACAUCCCAAAAUACAGCCGGAACUGUGUUCUUCUUUGUUUUGUGUUUGAAUAAUCUGGUGUUCAAACACUUUUUCCAUUUGGUUUCACGUGUGUAUUCAGUCUUUCUUCGUCAGCCGCCGGCGCUCCGUGUGUCGCGUGUGCCUUCAGUCGGACGAACAAAGACAAACGCACUUCGCCGUCUCAUGACAAACACAACCUGCUUUUUUGUAAAUAAUUUAUAAAGUAGCUGCAUAAUUCAGUUGGUUCUGUUUCCUCUGUGAAUUGUGCGGUAAGAGCGACAGCAUUUGUGCUAAUUUCUGUUUUUAAUUUAAGACAUCACACUGCACCUCAGUAGAUCCACGGUCACGUUUUUAAUAAGUUGAACGCUUGUGUUUGACGUUUUCACACACGUCAUGCCAAUUCUUGUUUUGUUGGGGUCUUUUAAUGUUAGAUUCGUACUGGGGAAAAUAAAAAAAGAGAAAAACAAUAAAAA